AUGUCUCUCCAGGCCUUGAUUGAAGAAAAACUGACGACGGAGUUGACGCCGUCGCACAUUGAGGUUAUCAAUGAGUCGGGUAAUCACGGUGCUCCUUUGGGGGCAGAGUCGCACUUCAAGGUCAUCGUCGUCUCUACCAAGUUCGAAGGCAAGCCUCUUUUAGCAAGGCAUCGGAUGGUCAACGCCGCCCUCAAGGAGGAACUGGUUGAAGAUAUUCACGCCUUGUCGAUGACAACGAGGACCCCAGCUCAGUGGGCUGCUGAGGGCGGGGACAAGGUCGAACCUACUCCACCCUGCGCGGGGGGCUCAACGUCAAGAUGACAAAAAGUCGGAGAACCCAUGAAGGAGGGGAGAGGGGGGCGACCUGCUGCGAAUGGGCCCUGGGCAGUAGCCUGUGCAGGACAGCCGGCAUGUUCUUGGAUUUGUUGGUGGCGCGUUCCACAAAAUUGGCAAUCACAAGAAGUGGUCUCAGAACGUUUAGGUGCGGUGAACGGAGAACGAACAAGAGGACUCGGGGAGCUGCUUGACAAUGAUCGGCCACCCACUAUCUUCUUUUCAUCGGAAAGCCGUUGCAGUUUGCGUGGGCUAGGACGUGCAGCUACCGUGGACCUUCUACCGCACUCGUUGAGGGCCCUUCCCGAACUGCGGCAAGCAUCUCGCCCAAAGAAUUCGAUUUAUCCGAGCAGAUGUUGCCAUGUUUGAGGGGCUUCUCCCCGGCCAUUGUUCAGUCUUCGGAAUGCAUAUCUGCUCAUCAAGCCGGUUGCCACGCUUGCUGCCGCGUGUGAUCACUGGCUUGUAGGUCGGCCAUCGCCCUCGCUAACUUUCAGAGGGGGUACUGCAGAAGGCAGGCUGAGCUGAUUUUUCGGGAGUGACGGCGUUGCCUGAAUCUGUACAUCUCAAGUGUUGAUACGGCCUGAGAUCACCGUGUAUUCGUGCUUUUUCGUUUUCCUAGGACGUUGACAGACG